AUGAAUUCAUUAAUUUCAUUUAUAAAAUUUGCUGACAUUUUUGGACAAGGAGUUCAAAUGAAUUUUUAAAAAAGUCCUGCUUAUAAGACAGUGUAUGGAGGUUUAGUUACAAUUAUUAUUGGUUGCUGUUUUAUUUCAGGCUGCUACUUUUUUGGAUCUAUCCUUAUUAAUAGACUUGAUCCUACAAUUAUCACUUAGGAAAGAUCAGUUACUUCAGCAGCAAGAAUAAAUAUUACUAAUAAUAAUAUUGUUGCAAUGUUUGGCGUUUCUAACGGUGCUUCUGAAAUUUGGUCAGACCCCACCAUAUUUAGGAUGUAUGCUGUUUAGUAAAUUAUGCAGAUAUAAAAAAACUCAGACUCAGGAAUGGAGUUAAGAUAGCUGAUUUCCCAUAACAAAACUAUGAAGAUCUGUGAAGAAAAAGAUAUAGGAAUACCAAGUGUUAAGCCUUAUUUUAACAAAUUAAAUUUAACAAACCUAUAUUGCUUAGAUUAAGGUUAAGAUAUCUACAUUGAAGGAGACUUUGAUGCUUAGAGUUUUGCUUAAGUUUUUGUUUAUGUAGAAAAGUGUUCAAAUGGAACUGACCCUAAUAUUAUUUGCAAACCUAUGGAUGUUAUCAAUUAGAAAUUAUAGUUGAGUAAAAUACAAAUAUUUUUAUCAAAUACAAUAGUAGAUCCUUUAAAUCAUGAGGAUCCCUUUUCCUCUAAGGGCAUGAAUUUAUAUACUUAGACUUCAUCGAGCUUUCCAAAAGAAGUUCAACUCUAUUUUACAAAUCAAUAUAUCUAAGACGAUGUUGGAUUCAUGUUUAGGGAGAUUAAAAAUAAGCACAGUUUUGUUUUUACAAUAUAGUAAGAGACAUCCUUCUUUAGUAAUUAUAAUGUGCUUGUUCGAGUUUUAAUUAGGCUUUAAAAAUAAAAAGAAAAUCUGAUGUAAAGACGCUAUUAAAAGUUUUAAGAUAUUGUGGCUUAAAUUGGAGGGCUUAUGAAAUUAUUAACAACCGUUGGCUCUAUAAUUACAUACCGCUUUACUUAGCUUUAUCUACAUAAAGCUAUAGGUGAUGAGGUAUUAAUUUAUGAUGAUAGGAAUAUUAAAAAAUUUGAGACUGAAAAAGUUACAACAAAAAACAAGAAAAACAAAACAAAGCAUAUUAAACCUAAGCAAUCUGUAAUCUAAGAAAUAAUAAACUCAGAUAAAAUCCUUUCAAACAAUAAUAUAUAAUAAAUAAAAAGCUUUACCAAUUAUGAAGAAGGUGAAUAAAGAAAUGGUGGAGAUUCUAAUUAAGCAGAUAAUAACUUAGAAACCAAAAAAAACAAGCUUGAAAAAAUAGACAUAUAUGAGUAACCCAACUUUUCUUAAAUAAUUUUUUAAAAAUCAAAACAUUUAUUAACGACAAUUUAGUAUUAAAAAUUCUUUAAUAUUAUUAAAAAUAAAAUAAAAUACAACUUUUAUGAUUAUUUUAAGCAACUUUUUGCUAAGAGUUUGCAAAAUAAUGAUAAUCGAGCUAAACUGGUUUAAAAAGGAAUGUAAAUGAUAGAAUAAUAACUAGAUAUUACCUAUAUUAUUAAUAAACUAAAUGAAAUAGAUAAGCUUAAAGCUGUAAUUUUUAAUAAAGAUUAAUUAAAAAUAUUUGAUUGUAUCCCAAAACCCAUUGUGUCUGAUGAAUAAUUAUUCAAUAAAUAAUAAAAGGGGAAUAUAUAUUUAGACAAAAAUAGAAUUAGAGAAUAAAUUACUGAUAUUUAAAUGUAAAGUCCGAAGUAGUUUGUAUAUUAUGAUAUUCAUACUUAAAGAAGCGAGCAGUCAAAAGUUGAUGAUGCUAUUUAGGGGCUUUAAAAUAUAAUUAAUAAUAAAUAUCUAACAAAAAUAGAUAAAAAUUUAAUCUAAAUUAUAGAUCCAAAUAUUUUAAAUAGCUACUAAUAUUAAUAAUAAAAUAAAUUACCAAGAUUUUAAAAUAUUGAUAUUUACUCAAAAAGCUAAAACGAUUCUAUUUUCAUAGAUUAUUAAGAAUGUAUUGAUGAAAAAAUAGUCAGCUAAUCACCAGAAACUGUUAAAAAUUUAAAUAUAAAUACUCAAUAAUUAAAUCAGUAGUUUACAAUAUCACUAAGUAAUGUUAAAUCCCAAAGUAAAACUAUUUAUUCAUAAAAUAAACUCAAGUAACCUGAUAGGACUGAAGAGUGA